AUGUCUCUGAUGGUAAGUGUUCGAGUGAGAAUCCGAAACGUCUGGCUAAUAAAUUUCUUGUUCCAGUGAUCGCAUCUUCGUCUUCAGAACUCCUUCCUGGAACCCGCCUGUCCGCUUCUAUCAGAGAUUCCUCCACUGUCCGCCGGGCCUACGACUACUGGGGCUUCUUUCAUGCAGCGGGGGGUGGCAACGAACGAUUAGUGACAGUCAGAGGUUUAACAGGGGACACGGGAAGCCUGCGGUGGCUAGUUUUUUCUUCAUUUCCCAUCUUCAGCAGGCCAUACCGGAGUUCGGAUCCUUUAAGCAGGACUGCAUUCUUUUCCCCGCUGUCAAUCAGGCCAGCCCCAAGUUAUCGUAAGUCGUAACACGACAGUCCAACAGCCACAAGGGACAUCAACCGCGUGUUUCACGGAGGACACGAAGCACCGGUGAUAGCAGACUUUUGCAGCACCUAUCGCACUUUCUCCACCCUAGGCACCUGACCCCAGUGGCAAGACAAUGUCAAAACGACCGGAGGUGGGCUUGAUCGCAGUUAAGCAACUCAUCGACGCCUGCCACACCGUAAAUAUACCCAGCAGUGAACGAUAAUUUCGCCAACCCGUCAAGCGACUAAGAAGACGGGACCGGUCAUGUUUCUUUGUCAGCAUGACCCCACAGUUGCCUUGUCAGGGCUGAAAAUCCGCUCUGAUAUAGUACACUCGAUCUCUGCUAUUCUAGUCGAGAAGCCACUUGCCCUUCCUUUCGGUUCAUUUGCUCCUGCUUAAAACUCCCACACUCGAUCUCUGCUAUUCUAGUCGAGAAGCCACUUGCCCUUCCUUUCGGUUCAUUUGCUCCUGCUUAAAACUCCCACAACCACGAGGGCUUUAAAUGUUUUCUAAAGCGCUUUUUCUUCCCCCCCCCCGCCUCCACCGCGGUUCUGCCUCCAGCUCUCCGCCACCCUUCAUGUUUGCCGAUUCAGUGAAAGAGUUGGCCUACCUUUCACGCCAGUUAGCGGUUCUGCGGGCAGAUCAGCUAUGGCGCCUAGCCUGCUGGUUGAGCCCCUUUGGUCUCUCCGAACGGGAGACGACUUCGGUCAUGGCUGCCGCCGCCGCCAGCGCCUCCUCCCGGUGCAAUGGGCGCGGCUCCAAGGUAGCCCCCAGCGCUGCAAAACUAUCCCCCAACUCUGGAGCCGAUCCUACUACUGAUGCGGACGGCGGACGUGUGAAGACACAGAGCAGGCAGGUUGGUGGAGUCAGGCCAAUCCUGUGGAACACUCUGGGACUGCACACCAUCUACAAAUGCAUCUCCUCUGUAGCUGGCCUCUUCUCCACCAACUACCCUACUGAAUAUCGUGACAUCCUUCAGGUACUUUGCCAGCUUGUUUUUUUUUCUUCUCUUAGGCUUCUCCCACAGUUUUCUCGCCAGUGUGAUGAGGUGCGACGUAAACUCUCGAGCACACUGACCACUUUUUUGCAGGCUAAAAUCUCGCAGAAACCGUAAAUUUGUUUUUUAGUAAGACCUGGUGGAUUUGUUUUCGCUCAGCUAUACAACCACAUGAAAAAAAUCUGACUGACACCAACUAUGUAAAUGGAAAUGUGAGUGUGGUAGUGCUGGCUUGUUGAAGUACCUGUUUUUUUGGGGGCACACCUAGGCACAGAAGGCUUAUGCCACGUAAUCUGACACGGCAUGGGAGCGUGAGAAAAAGGGUACCUGGCUCACCACCGCUAAUGCGUCAUGUCUCCUGCUAGCAUUUUCAACGUCCGCUUGAUGAUGUGAUGCGCAGCUUCUGUUAAUUUACUGUGCAAUCUUUUAGGAAGUUGAUGUCGGCGUUUAGCUUAAGUUGCUGCACAUUGUGUGAUCCGGAUCAUCUCUUGCUGUUUAUAGGGGUCUAAUCAGGUACUUGACACUCCUAUCAGCCAGGAGAGCCUAAUAGUUCGCCAGUCGAACGCGGCGACGUUUACUACACGCCUCUCGGGUUGUGAACAGUAUUCAUCCUACUGUCUCCCGCUGUACUGGCCUUGGUCCAAUGACAAGGCGAUAUCGAGACGACCGGGGGUUGGCAGGCGUACGGUGACUGAUAGAGCUCACUAACCCGUCUACGUGUGUUGCAAACGAACCGAUUCGCUCAAAGUUUGCCGGGCUACGACAAGGUCGACUCAGAUGUCUCACAUCCGUAGUAAUACUAUAUAAAGGCCUCAUUAGGGCAGAACCAUUGAAGCUUUAUUCUCAGUCCGCCAACCACUUCGCAGCAGUUGGCAGUCAGCCAAGCCAUGACUCUUAAUGCGUCGUGAUAGAUUCAGUCGUUUAUAAUUUAUUAUACUGAGGGAUGCGUCAAUUUACCGCGUGAAUGCAUUCCGGGCGUCUGCCUCAUUCUUUGUGGCCCAAGUCGCGUCGAUCACCGUGGGUGCCCAACUGGUGUCCAUCUGUUCCAGCCCGCGGCUCAGUGGCUAGAAACGUUGGACUUCUAACUAACAGGUCGCGGGAUCGAGCCCCAGGUGUUCCACACUUCGGGCUUGGGUAUGGCUGGCUGACGACGGCUAAUAAGCCAGAACUGGCCAUUCCAGUGUUCGUUAUCUUUGUCGGUAAUAGCAUUCUGUAUAUGUCAUGCGCCGUUGUGCGGCUGCUGGUUGGGCUCGAGAGAGAGAAAAAGAGCCCUUAAGGCACAAAGUGACGAGUGCGUUUUGGUGAGCGCUCCUCUACCGUUGCAUUUUCCAUCUGUCUUAUACACUCACUCUUCCCAGUCUGCGGACUUCCCGUGCAAUCUUCACGUCACAGUGAUCGAUCAGGAUUGACAACUACUCAACUCCAAUUUGAUUACCACUGCUUGUGAUCCUGCUUCCGUGCAGGUUUCUUAAACUGUGCCCACUUCCGCUGCCCUUUGCAGUUGGCUAUUGAAAUGAACGACAAUGAAGAGGAUGGGAGAUCCUCUGCCGACAACACGAGCACCUGCACACCUCCUGCCACACCAGUCCGUCUGCAGCCCCUCUCUCCGAUUGCACUGAUUGAGUCCAGUACUGGUAGCACCACUGGCAGCCCCGACUCCUCUGCCUCGCUGCUCGAGGAGCCUGAAGCCCGCCUUGGAUUCAUCAAGGGCAUUGACCUGCGCCAGCUGUUUGACUGGAAUGAGGUCCUCUUCAGUCCCGAUCGACCCUGCUGCCGUCUGCUUUUUGAGCCCUGUGGCCAGCCUCAACAACCGGACUCGUCUCCUCUGCCGGCGCUGUCGGAAAAGCUGCCAUCACGGGAAAUCAGCCGACCGUCCUUGAAGUAUUCGGCCGAGGCCGCCGCCGCCUCUGUGGUCAACAAGCUCUCCCUUGAAGCCUUAUUUCCCACGCACAUUGAAGAGAUGGGUCUAGAUGUGGUGGCCUCUCUGCUGACAGAUGGAUCAGUGGACAGUGCCACGACCAAUCAAGUCGAGGAGGAGGAGGAAGAGCACCCUCUCGACUCUUCCGUGUCUUCCAAGAGCACUAAAAGUCUAGAAUUGAGUAAGUUCCAUUGUCUUCUCUGCCAUCACCUACUCGGUUGUACUUUGGUUCAGCGAUGAUUUGCCCUUUGAGUUGAAAGGUUGAAUCCCCAGUGUAUAGAUUAUGCGUAAUGUCUCUGAGCACAGGUGUUUUCUACUUUUCCCUUCUAGUGACCCUAGUUCAGACCAAUGGGAGAGGGUGUUGAAGGAAGGGAUAUUGUCGUGGUGCACAACGGAACAAGUGAGUUCCGUAAGAACGAUCGGUGAGCGCCCCAUACCACUAUAUAUUCCCGAUCGAAACCGAUAGGGCAACGGGUUCGUGGCCCAGUGUUUAGAGGCGUGGACCUCUAACUAACAGGUCGCGAGUUCGAGCCUCGGGUGUUGCACACUGCGGGGUUGGGUAUGGCUGGCUGACGAAGGCUAAUAAGCCAGAAAUGGCCAUUCCAGUCUCCCUUGCCCUUGUCGGUAAUGCCAUUUUGCCCAUAUAAUGCGCCGCUGUGCGGCUGUCGGUGGGGCUCGAGAGGGAGCCCAUAAGGCACAACGGAAUGAGUGAGUUCCGUAAGAACAAUCUGUGAACGUCCCCUACCAUUGUAUCCCUUCGUUCCACUAGCUCUCCAUCGAAUGCAUAGCACCCAGUCACUUCCUUGACGCAAUAAAUUCCUGGAUUUAGUUCCGGCCUAUCAUAUCUAAGCUGACCUUACAGGCGCACGCCAGCUACCCACCUACCUGGCUAACACGCCCAAUCUGGCCUCACAUGAUCGCCGCUUAGAGUGGGUAGGGUGUACCGCACCCAGCCACGUGGUCUACGCUGACCAUCCAAUCAAUUCUCCAAGCAGACACCUGCAGGGUGUCACGUGAAACGCACAUUUACCCGCUCGCAUACUCGCAUGUCGAGAGCGGAGACAGCAACAGCGUAAGCCAAUUUGGUAGACGCCUCUGACUUCCGAGCGGACUAUUCUGCUGAUCUCGUUCCCACCCCCCCCCCUCCCCCGCCUUCUCUCACGGAGUGCGACUUGGUGCUGGUGGUUUUGGCGUCUCCAGUAUGUCGGCAGUCGUAGGUAACGAGAUCUUUCGCCGUCUGGCAGUUGCAGUGGUAACUUGCGCGCGGAUUUGUUUAUAGCUUAGUACACUUACAUGUGUUUAUCUCACUUCACUCGCCCACGCUCAUGCGUUUCGACUGCAAGACAAAAACCGAAGAUGUCCGUGGUCGCAAUGAUUGUCAUGACCAGGUAACCCAUCUGCGCGGGCCGAACACGACCUCGUUCCAAAGUCCUUACACGAGUUAAAGUACUAUAGAAGCCGCAUAUAAAAAAGAACCUUUACAACCUGGCCCUUACGCUACAACUGUGAGCUCGUUGUGACGGCUAAAGGGCGAGCUGCUUAGAUUGCUUUUAUUGAGGAAUUUAACAGCUGGAUGAGAACUAGAUUGGUCUCACUCCUCCCCCUUUCUAAUGGCCCCUCCGAUUCGAACCAAACAUUGGGGUUGGAGUUGCACACAGACUGGAGGCAACCAUCAGGCGUCAGUUAAUGAAACCGAAAGACCCACUGCCACGGCAAGAAACGUCUGGAGUCGUUUAUCGGAUCUGGUGCAGUUGCGGACAAAGCAGCUACGUCGGAGAAACCGGAAGACGGCCCCGAACGCGAAUGGCCGAAAACGCUGCACCGGUGCGGAGAAAUGACGCUAGCUCUCAAACUGCGGCUCAUUCAAUGAGAGUCGGCCACACAUUCAAAUUCGACGAGGCCAAAAUUCUCGCAAGAGGUGACAACCGCGUGAGCCGGGAGCUGCCAGAGUCAUGGUUUACUGGCCCCCAGUCAAUUAACAAGUUCAAUGACCUUCUCAUGCCAUACUCGGUGCUGAGACUUCGCCUAGGCGGAGUAAUUGGCCACGCGGGGAGCGCACAGGUGAACACUUCCCAACACCAGGGUCAGUGUGCCAGAUGGUUGAGCAACCAUCGCACCAACAUCCAACACACGUGAUGAAAUUGCAGCAAUUAACGGUGCGAAUGUCGACCAUCACACCACGUGCUGCGAUCCCGGAUGAAGGGAGGAGUCGUGAAUAUUCAUAGGAAUGCGCUAGCAUGGCUACUGCAUCCUAUGCACCCCUUAUGCAUGAACCAUCCGUAUCUGCUUUGUCUCUGAUGAUGGGUUUGAGCUGGAAUCCGAAACGUCAGGCUCAUAAAGCUCUUGUCCCAGCGAUCUUGUCUCCUUCUUCAAGACAUUCCGAAAUACCUUAAAGAGCUUUCCGCCGUUUUGAUUCCCAGUGUUGUGGUCGACCGCUAAAAAAGCUCAAGACGUUGCAGAGUUAUGUUUUCAGACCUGCCAAUCCUCCUGUCCGGCGGAUUUCUUAGACUGACAGGUGUACGCACGCCCAGAUAGUCCCGGUUGCCCAACCUCACGUAACCUAUGAGCUCCCUCCCACAAGCUCGUGAAGACGGCGGAUCGCAUAGGCAUGACUUAAACAAGAGUUUUAUUCUCCUCGCAUUUCGGAUUCAAUUGAGCUUAUAUUUAUGCGUAGCAACAGAUAUGGGCAGUGGACAUUCAGGCAGUACAGUACCUCCUGCUGGGUACUACACAGUCAGACACUUGAUAAGAUUAACAGUCCCAGCAUUCAUCGCAGAUAUUUGUGAGUAGUGCAAUGACAACUUGAUCGCUCACAUAUGAAUUACCAAUGGCCGCGAUUUCAUCAUCGACAUUGGAGAUUGGCCUGACAAUUUCUCCGCAAGUUGACUCAGCAGUACCGUUUUUAGAAACGGAGUUCACCUACGCGACUACCUGCUCUGCCGAAUACGGUGAGAUAGGAAGGAUCAUUUAGCUGCCAGAGACUCGGGCGGGCGAACCAUGACUCAGACUGAUCUGUUCUUGUCUCCAAUGCGCUCAAGGAGGAAUCUGAUUUACUGCCAUCAGUACUCUCCUAGAACUGCCCAGCGGCCACUGCUCACGCCCCUGUACAGAAUACACCCCACUUACGGUUUGCCCUUCAUCUACUUCUGACCCAGCCUUGGGUUGGAUUGCUGUGGGUAGGGGUGUUCUCACUACCUCAGCCUCUGUAAUGUCGAUACCAGUACGCUCAUCUCCUAAGUGGUCAUUUAGCAUUGCAGACGAUGCCAGAUUUUCGGAGUCUGUCCCAGCUCUCUGUUUUAAAAGGCGCUAAUCAUCAUGUCAGAACAUUUGUCUCUGGGUUUCAGAUGUAAUUCUAGUCCGUCGAUUAUGAUCAGUACACAGAAUUUUCCAAUAAUGUUGACUUUUCGGAUUUCUUUCUCUCCGUUGGACUGAACGCAAAUUGACAAGUCACUGUUUAUAGUGUCUGACACCCAUCGUAUUCGUAGAUGCCGGCGGGAAUCACAUCUGUGCCCGGAUUUGCCUACUUGACAUUAACUACACUGUCGUGGCUGCAUCCUGCUGGACUGAGGACGAUAGAUGGAAGCCUGUUGAUCACCCCCUAAGGCAAAUAAAAGUAGACAAUCAAGGAUGCUCUGGACUCACUCUUAGGGAGCCGGAAUUUCUCGGACAGCAGCGUCUGAAGGUCUGAGCAGGUCUGAAGCCGCAAUUUGUCGUCGUCGUCCGUAACGAGCCUUGGUGACCACAAUGCAUUUCUUCAUUUUCUUUCGGGCUGCCUAGUCCUUGAAUUUCUCUGCUUUUUUCUUCAACCAGAGGUCUUGAAGUUCCCUGAUUGUCUGUUGCAAUAAUUCGCCGUACUGGGCUGAAACGACUUUCUUGAAAGUGAUCUGUUGGUCUGUUAGGCGCCCUUACGUCUGUUCUUUUCAAGGGGUAGGCUCUAAGUCUCCGUCUCACUGUCCUCGUGCCCGUGGGCCCAGGGUCCCCCUCCCUUCUUGCCGUAGAUCACGUCAGUGUACUGCAGUAGCAUUCAACAUCACCCUCUGUUAUGGUUUUUUACAGCCCAGAAUGUGACCGUUGUUUGGGGCCCGCCUUCGUCGACAAAGCCACCGUACAGCCUGCUUGGGACCUAUUUCUCGAGGGCGCAUCCGUAGAAAUGGAAGUCCAAUCUUUAGUAGGCUAUGAUCACUUAAGUAUCUGGCCCCACACGCCGUCUCUGUCACCAACAGGUCUGGGCUCUAUUAUUCCCGCACGACAACGUACUUUAAUACCUUCAAGUGACGCGGUGCAUUCAUGUUGUCUCCUUUCGGCCUUUUGGGGUGGUGGGUGGUGGUUUGUAAUGCGGAGAUCGUUCUCAGUAAAGGCCUCCAAGACUCCGUGAUGGCUAAACAUUCCUUCCCAGGUGAUGCGAGGAGAAUGUGGGGUUGACGUUGCACCACUUUUCCUCAUUACCAUUUGCUGCACUCCAGCCCUCUGGACCGUCGAAGUUGGUCUUAACGACUGCAUCUGGUGGUGCACGAAUUAGUACUUCAUGCUUUUUUUAACCUGAACUUGACCUAUUUACGAGCACGUUCGUGUUUGCAUCUUGUUUAUCUCUGUCAUGACUUCAGGGCCGAACUGAGAAUGCCAGCCUACGUCAUGUCGGUCGCUCAGAAGUACAAAAUCAUAAACAGGGGUGGCAGUGAGCACGGUGUCGGUCGCUUUAGGGCGCUUAUUCUUUGUUAGAGGUCAUCCACCACGAUAGCCAGUUGCGGGUAAAAGAAAUUUUCAAUGCCUUUCAUUAAGCCUACACACCAGCCUCCCCGAUGAUGACGCAUCCAGGACUGUGUGAGACAUUUUGACAAAAAGGAAGGGCUUAUCUGCAACUGUGAACGGUAAGUUAGGAGAAAAUAACUACUUUUAGCCCACUUACAGUAGAGGUGCCAACUCAUGAAAUGUCAACCAAAAUUUCGAAAUGAGUUCUCGUUUCGAAAAGAUAAAUUAAGUAGUGUUGUAAAACUAAUCAUGAUGCAGCAUAAAUCUAUAAUGAUCCAGUUACCUCAGGGUGUCGGCUUUCGAAAGAACUUAUUUUCGGCCGCAUGCAAGAUCUAUACUCUGCAAAAAAUGACUACUUAAGUAGCAUGCAAUUUUCUCAUUGAUUUUCGAUGCCCUUGGAAAUUCAAUUAUAUUUCAUGGAAAACGUGCAUAAAAAUAUUCAUUCUUUUACUUAUUCGGUAGAAAAUCACCUCUACUUCCAAUUUCAUGCUCAAAAGAAGAGUAUAAUUCGGUUUUAAAAAACUUUUCUAAUUCCCGAAUAAUUUUGAACCGGACCUGCUGUUACACUUGCAUUCAGAGCUUCAAAACUACAAGCUGUAUAUUUUCCGUGUACGGAAAACCAUGCAUUUCUCUACGGUGUUAAGAGGAGACCAUAUGAGGUUCAUAAAAUUAAGCAGUGGAUUUGAGCAAUAUUGUUAACUUUACAGUGCAGAACCAUGACGUUUCAUGAACGGCCAUUUAACGGUAUUAAAAAAUCUCACAAUUAGAAACUUUUUUAAAACCGAAUUAUACUCCACUUUUGAGUAUGAAAUUGGAAGAAGGCGUGAUUUUUUACCGAAUAAGUAAAAGAAUGAAUAUUUUUAUGCAUGUUUUCCAUGAAAUAUAAUCGAAGUUUCAAGGGCAUCGAAAAUCAAUGAGAAAAUUGCAUACUACUUAAGUAGUCAUUUUUUGCAGAGUAUAGAUCUUGCAUGCAGCCGAAAAUAAGUUCUUUCGAAAGCCGACACCCUGAGGUAACUGGAUCAUUAUAGAUUUAUGCUGCAUCACGAUUCGUUUUACAACCUUACUUAGCUUAUCUUUUCGAAACGAGAACGCAUUUCGAAAUUUUUGUUGACAUUUCAUGAGCUAGGACAUCUACUGUAAGUUUAUUCUUUCAGAGGGUAGGUUUAUCAAGUUGGCCGCACAAUAUCAGGUCAGGAACGACUGUUCAUGUGGCAGGCUUCAGUAUUUGUCAUGUUUUGUGGUGUCUCUCUUGCCGGCUGUGAAGCUGCCAAGGUAAAUCCAAACGCGGACCGCGUGCACUUGACGUAGGCCACUGGCUGCAUGGAGGAUGGAUAAAGAGAAUAAGGCGAGUACGGAGUCACCCAAUGCAGGGCCUCCUUGACACUUAAAGUGAUCGCAACGUAUCAAAAGUCGCCGUUUAGGAGUUCGGUUACUGACGAGAUAGGUCAACCUCCUUCGCAACCAGGGUAGGACUCUAAUGGCUGUCUAAUGUGGCCUUUAUGACACAGCUCACUUCUCUGAAAUUCGGAGGUCGUUUUUGAAGGUGGAAACGAGGUCGUGUGACAUAUAGGUGGGUUGUUCAGCACUGUUAGCCUCUACACCCAUGUUCAUGAAUGGAGGCGAAAGCUUGAGUUCCAGGUGUUUGUAUAAGUAACGAAGAGGACUGAUCGAACUGCGGAGCAGCCUGUUUAUUGUUCUGAGCUUUACAACUCGUGCAGGAGUCCGUCGUCAGAGAUGGUAGUAGUAACAUAACAACCAACAAUUAUACGAUGUGCUAACCGCCCGUCGAUCGAUAGCUCGAGACUGUGCAGUGCUCUGCACGCCGGCGCCAGGUCGAUAAAUCAGCUGACUGAGUUCUCUUCCGAAGCCCGGUCUCCAAUCAGUUCUUUGCCUGUUUUGUUUCCAGUGUGGGCGAUUAUCUUGUUGGCUGCGAAGUCCCAUUUCAUAGGUGUGGGCAACCACUUGCGAUGCUUUGUCGCCUCGUCGCACAGCUGGCUUAUGUACGUGUAUGCGCGAUCGGAGCAUGCGUUCGGUCUGACCUGUGUAGUUUCAAGGACAGUUCAAGCACGCAAUGCGAUACACUGCUUCAGAUUGCUUUUCGGGAUUUAACCGGUCAGAAAUUCUUACGACCCUGCCGCGCAUGACGUCUUUGGACUGAUGUAAAAUCCCAACAUCUUGUUCUGCAGCAGUGCGCUCGGCCGCUUCCAAAACGAAAUAUCACGAGUGGCUGCCCACACCUACGACAUGGGACCUGAGUUGAACUUCGCAGUCACUACGGUAAUCACCCACAUCGGAAAUAAAACAGGCCGGAAAUUGAUUGGGACCUGAGUCCCGGGUGAGAACGCAGUCAGUCGAUUUAUCGACCUGGCGCCGGCGUGCGGAGCUCUGCGCAGUCACCUCCAGUCUUGCGCCCUUGAUCGAUGAUUGGCUAGCAUGUUUUACAAUUGUCGCUCGUUUUGUUGUUGUCAUUACCUCUGGCAGUGGACUCCUGCACGGGCUCGAAAGCUAAGAAUAAACAGGCUGUUCCGGUGCUCAACCAGUUUUCUUCACCCAUGUCCAUCUCCAGUCAUAUUUCGCCUUCUGUUGCCAUCGAAACACGAUAAGCUGAAAAAAAUGAGGUAAGACAGGCACAAUGCAAAUACGCCUUUCACAGAAUUGACCAUUCCGUUUACCUUGCCGAUUGACGAUCAAUGAUCUUGCUUCCGUUUACUCACCAUCGUUGCAUUUUCACAAAGGAUCAUCUCAGACAGCAUCAUCUGCCUCCGUCGCCGUCGCCUCUGCUCGCCGGCACCCCCUCUGGUCCCUUCUUCUCUCCAGUCCCGUCGAAGGUGAGGCCGGUGAAACCCCCAACCCUGCCUAUCCCCUGCCACCUUGGCAACCAGACACCCCGGCACGGCAUCGCUCUAUCAGUAAUACCUGGGUCCUGACGGAAGUUCCGCCUCCACCCGCCACCACCACCUCCUCAACUGAGGACAGCGAUGAAGGCGAGGACUCAGAAACUGAGCAGUCACGCCGCGGCGGCUGCGGCCGCGCGCGGUGGGCCACCGCCCCGGUUAUCGGGAAGGAAUGCGCCAGCUGCAAGGCCACCUUCACUCUGAUUCGUCGUCGCCAUCACUGUCGCCGGUGUGGCCACAUCUUUUGCGGCUCCUGUUGCUGUCAUUGGGUGCCCGUAGAGAGCUUGGGCUCACUGGCGCCGGUGAGAGUAUGCAAAGAGUGUGCCGAGUUCGUACAGACCGGUCUCGCUGAAGUGCACAUAAACGCUGCCAGCCCAGCCGAACAGCAAUCCCUUCUCUGCCAGUGA